AUGUCUGGCUCAUAUGAUGAUUCUGGAGUAGAAGUUUCUAGUGACAGCUUCUGGGAGGUUGGGAAUUACAAGAGGACAGUAAAAAGGAUUGAUGAUGGUCACAGACUUUGCAAUGACCUCAUGAAUUGUAUCCAUGAACGGGCACGGAUAGAGAAGGUCUAUGCUCAGCAGCUCACAGAAUGGGCUAAAAGGUGGAAACAACUUGUGGAAAAAGGGGCCCAGUAUGGAACAGUAGAAAGGGCUUGGUGUGCUUUUAUGUCAGAAGCUGAAAAAGUGAGUGAACUACAUCUAGAAGUAAAAGGUUCACUGAUGAAUGAAGAUUUUGAAAAAAUCAAGAACUGGCAGAAGGAAGCCUUUCAUAAGCAAAUGAUGGGAGGAUUUAAGGAAACCAAAGAAGCAGAAGAUGGAUUUAGGAAAGCUCAGAAACCCUGGGCAAAAAAGCUGAAAGAGGUGGAAGCUGCAAAGAAGGCCUACCAUGCAGCCUGCAAGGAGGAGAAACUGGCCAUCUCCAGGGAAACAAACAGCAAAGCUGACCCAGCACUAAAUCCUGAGCAGCUGAAGAAGUUACAGGACAAAGUGGAGAGAAGCAAACAAGAUGUGCUAAAGACAAAAGAAAAGUAUGAGAAAUCCCUGAAAGAAUUAGAUAAUGCCACUCCUCAGUAUAUGGAGAACAUGGAGCAGGUGUUUGAGCAGUGCCAGCAGUUUGAGGAGAAACGGUUGCGUUUCUUCCGGGAAGUGUUACUGGAGGUCCAGAAGCACCUUGACUUGUCCAAUGUUGCAAGUUACAAAAGUAUUUACCGUGAGCUGGAACAGAACAUCAAAUCAGCAGAUGCUGUUGAAGACUUGAGGUGGUUCAGAGCCAACCAAGGUCCAGGGAUGUCAAUGAAUUGGCCUCAGUUUGAGGAUGACGAGUGGUCUGCAGAUCUGAAUCGUACCCUCAGUAGAAGAGAAAAGAAGAAGGCUUCUGAUGGAGUGACCUUAACUGGUAUAAAUCAGACAGGAGACCAAGUUUCACAACCUAACAAACACAGCAGCAGUCUUAGUGUCCAGAGUAACACAGUGCAGUCAGUACAAUCAAGUUACAAUCCCUUUGAAGAUGAAGAAGAUACUGGGAGUACUGUCAGUGAAAAGGAGGACAAUAAGAUCAAAAACGUGAGCAGCUAUGAAAAAAACCAAAGCUACCCCACAGACUGGUCUGAUGAGGAGUCCAACAAUCCCUUCUCUUCCACUGAUGCCAAUGGAGACACCAAUCCCUUUGAUGAGGACACCUCUCCAGCCAUGGAGGUGAGAGUACGAGCACUCUACGACUACGAGGGCCAAGAGCAGGAUGAGCUCAGCUUUAAAGCUGGGGAUGAAUUAACUAAGAUGGAGAACGAAGAUGAGCAGGGUUGGUGCAAAGGACGCCUGGACAACGGACAAGUGGGUUUAUACCCAGCCAACUAUGUAGAACCCAUCCAGUGACAAAGGACAGAAUAAACACAGAGGUGUGCCCAAAGCUCUGCAGGCCUGUACAGUGUAUUUAGUUCCAGUGAGAGGAAGCUGAAUGAUGUAUAGAAUGUAUAUAUUUUAAAGAAAAGGCGAGAGCUUGAGACAGAAAUCAUGCUGAAUUAAAGGCAAAAGUCUGAACCAAUAAUCUGACAUUGUUUUCACAACUUGUGCACAAUGUAAAGGAAAAGGGGUUAGGUGGAAAAAAAUAUUAUGAUAGGAAAAAUACUUUUUAAGCUUUUUCUUCCCACAUGGUCUGUCAUUGUGGAUUCUAAACAUUUUGCAUUUUCUAUGCUUGUGCCUCAUCCUACCCUGGGUAUGUGCUUGUGCUCACUUUUGUUUAAUCAGUUAUUUUAAGUGACCUUCAGUAACUUGCAACUUGAAUUUAAAGAUUAUUAUAGUUAAUUUUUUUAUUUGUUCUUAUCAAUGUCGUGAAAGAUGCAGUAUUUUUUUAUUUAAAUGCCAUGUAGUUAAGCACCUUUUUGUAUGCCUGGAUUUAUCAAUGAAUACUUAAAUUAUGAGAUAGAUUUAGUCACCAGCUGACUGAAUGAAAACUCCUUCCAUGUUGUAGUAUCUCUCUGUGUCGUCAGCAUGGCUUGAAGUUGUAAAUGGAGUUGUAAAACAAAAUACUGUAUUUAAUAAAUAUCUGUUACAGAAGGUUAUUGUAGCAGAGGUAUCUGCAGGUGUCAUGGGUUGGGACUCUGUUAUGAAUGUUCUUCACGUGGGUUGACACUUGAACUAAGAGUUUUCCAUCUGGAUCUUAAUGGCAUUCAAAAGAAAGAUAAAUUAUGCAUAAGCCCCAGAGUAGUAACUAUUUCCAGCACAUGUUUGCAGGAAAAAAAAAAAAAAAGGUCCUUUAAACUGCUAAUGAUUUUUGGGUGAUUUGAAAUGUUAAAUCUGUGAAGGCUAAUUUUCUUGAAGAGAGAAGACUGUAAAAUAGACCUUAAAUGCUUUUAUUAAGAGCCUGUCUAGUUGUGUAUAUGUACAUAUGAUUUGAUAUUCCAGAGUAUAAAAGAGCAUGGCUGUUAGUUAUCAAGCCUUUGGAUGUCAAUAAGAUUUAGAACUGUUUUAAGAGUUUAAAUUAUAGGUAUAUUUAAAUCUGCUUUCCUGCCAUAUUCAUUACUGUACAACAGACAAAGCAUCCUGUGAUUAGACUUUUCAGAAGUACAGUAAAAACGCACCAAUAUACUCAAAAUCAGUAUUUGUGGAUAAAUGAAUGGGUCAGAAUAUAAAGUAGCUUUAGUCCAUAUGUGGAUUAUUGUAGCAGAACACUGUAAAAAUCUACAUUUGCAGAUACAACUUGGCCAGCUGUAAUCGUGUCAAAUAGUAGCCAUUUGUGACAUUUAAAACUGGGGUGUAAAAUUCCAGCAGAUUUGUGUUUAAGUAUCAGGUAAGUAGAGAUGCUCUGUUAGGAAGCUACACUGUAAUGAAGCUGACAAAGCUUUUUUCAAGGUAACUAUAAACACUGUUUAUUAGUCUUGGACUUUGCUUUUUGAGCUUAUAGAUAUAUUUAGUCCUCAUUUUCAAUGAAUCAAAGUGUGCAGGCUUAGGAGGUGGAUGUUUGUACAUGUCUGUCAAGGAAAACUUGCCACCAUAACUGUUCAUCCACAGGAUGGUCACUGAAGUUGUCAGGAAUUACUGGUCUGGGUUCUCUGUAUUGUCAAAUAUUUUAGAAAACAAUAAAAUCUGUUAAUCUCCUGAA